CGCUGCAGUGAGGAUGGCCCGUACCAAGCAGACGGCUCGUAAAUCCACCGGUGGCAAAGCGCCCCGCAAACAGCUCGCUACGAAGGCAGCCCGGAAAAGCGCCCCCGCUACGGGUGGGGUGAAGAAGCCCCAUCGCUACCGCCCCGGCACCGUGGCGCUGCGGGAAAUCCGCCGCUACCAGAAAUCCACCGAGCUGCUGAUCCGCAAACUGCCCUUCCAGCGCCUGGUGCGGGAGAUCGCCCAGGACUUCAAGACGGAUCUGCGCUUCCAGAGCUCGGCCGUCAUGGCCCUGCAGGAGGCGAGCGAGGCCUACCUGGUGGGGCUCUUCGAGGACACCAAUCUAGCUUAUUCUAUUAAAAUGUCUGGUCGCGGCAAGGGUGGAAAGGGGCUGGGGAAAGGAGGCGCGAAAAGGCACCGUAAGGUUCUAAGAGACAACAUCCAGGGCAUUACCAAGCCUGCGAUCCGCCGUCUGGCUCGCCGCGGUGGGGUGAAGCGCAUCUCGGGGCUGAUCUACGAAGAGACUCGCGGGGUGCUGAAAGUUUUCCUGGAGAACGUGAUCCGCGAUGCGGUGACCUACACCGAGCACGCCAAGCGCAAGACGGUGACAGCCAUGGACGUGGUCUACGCCCUGAAACGCCAGGGGCGCACCCUGUAUGGCUUCGGGGGUUAAAUUUCUAGUCCAGGAACCGGCGUAACCAUUGUAACCCAAAGGUCCUUUUAAGGGCCACCCACUUCUGCACAGAAAGGGCUGGUUUUGUCAGACACACAACUCUAGGUGUUUGUGUUAAAAAUUGGAGUUUGCUAGUUUUUGCAAAUAAUUCUGUUAUGGUUGUUUGGCGUUGUAUUAAGGAGGUAGUUGCACGUGUUCUCUUGAGUUUCGGAGCCACUCUGCUUUUAGGUUUCCCUCGUUUGAAUACUUUUGAAUUUGCUUAAAUAUAAACCAGUUCAUCUAUACCCUGAAUCGAAGUAGCCCUGUUAGUCUAUAUCAGCAAAAACAAUGAGGAUUGCUUGUGGCAAUCGUAUAGUCUACUAUUCAGAACAAGGGAUUUCAAUCCAUUUCUGAAACUCUUCUGCUCUAU